AGUUAUAGCUACAAUACCUAUAUACUAAUCUGUGGCAGUUGCUGUUGCUGUUCGUUUAAUUUUCCCAAAGUAUUUGCAUAUUACUAAAUAGAAUAAUGUCAGAAAAACAUUUGCAAACAGGUGAUGACCUUCCAGCAUAUUCCGGAAAAUUACGGUUGUUUGCUAUGAGAUUCUGUCCUUAUGCUGAAAGAAGUGUACUCGUGCUAAAUGCUAAAAAAAUUGAAUAUGAUUUAGUUUUCAUCAACUUGGACCACAAGCCUGAAUGGAUCUUUAAUUUCAGUCCAAGAGGUGCUGUUCCUGCUUUGGAAUAUGAGGCAGGAAAAGGCAUAUUUGAUAGCACUAUAAUAAAUGUGUACCUUGACGAGAAAUAUCCUAAUGUACCAUUACAGUCAUCAGACCCACUGAGACGGGCUGAAGAUAAAAUGCUUGUGGAACAGUUUGCCUCUGCUCAGUCUGCAUACUAUACUGCUGCUUUCAAUACUCAAGCACUCCAACCCAACAUGGUGGAAAAUUAUCAUAAAGGACUAGAAUUAUUGCAAAAAGAAAUUAAAACUCGUGGAACUAAAUUUUUACAUGGUGAUGAACCAGGGCUAGUUGACUAUACUAUCUGGCCAUUCUUGGAACGAUUUGAAGCUCUUCCUCUGCUCGGCCAGGCUGACUUUGCCAUUGAUAAGUCCAAAUAUGAAGUUUUGACUAACUACAUGGUGGCAAUGAGAAAUGUACCAGCUGUCAAGGCAUAUGCUUUAGCUCCGGAUACUCAUGCCAAAUUUACUGAAUCUAGGAAUAAGGGGGAUGCUAACUACAACAUGUUAGAUUCUAGUGCAGUUUGUUGCAUGCGCCCAAGGAAGAAGAAGGAAUAAGACGAGAACUACUCAACAAAUUCACUUUGUAUCCCAACUUAAUCCUCAAAACAAAAUACUUGUCAAAUUUGAUUUUUGGAAAAAGAUUUGAAAAUAAAAGUGCAAUAUUAUA